AUGGAUUCUUCAAUUACUAAUAUAAUGGUUGAUAGUGAGGAAAAUGAUGUUUUGUGUAUAAAAUAUGGGGAACUUCUUACUUGGAUCCCAAAAACUAAAGAAGAUGUUAGAUUGAAAAACCAAUCCCAGAUCUUUUAGAAAUAAUUAAGUUUUGUUGGUUCUUUUGCUACUACAAAGGAAUUGACUAAAACUUUAUUGCAUACAAGCACAUUGAUUAGUAAAGAAGCAUAUGUCAGAUCACUGAACUCAAUGGAAGCAUUCUAUGAAAAAUAAAAAAAUGAGUCAGCAAAUAUUCAAAUUAAGAGUCUUUCAUCAAUAAAACACUAAUUUGAAGAUUUAUCAGACUAUACUUUCAAAUUAUAGGAUGGUAUCAAAAAAGUGAGAUUUAGAUUAAAUUCAGAUUAUCAAGCAUGA